AGCCAUCUUGCGCGGCGCGGGGAAGCAGCCGCGGGCGCCCCGGGCUGGCUCGGCGCGGGCCGUCGCCGCCGCCGCCAUGGUGAAGAGGAAAAGCUCCGAGGGCCCGGAGCAGGAGGGCGGCCGCGGCGUCCCUCUGCCCAUCCAGACCUUCCUGUGGCGGCAAACCAGUGCAUUUUUGAGGCCCAAACUGGGAAAACAGUAUGAAGCUUCCUGCGUGUCUUUCGAACGAGUUUUAGUAGAGAACAAGCUGCAUGGUCUUUCUCCAGCCCUCUCUGAAGCCAUCCAGAGCAUUUCUCGUUGGGAACUGGUUCAAGCUGCCCUACCACAUGUACUCCAUUGCACAGCGACUUUGCUUUCCAACCGAAACAAGCUAGGACAUCAGGACAAGCUUGGCGUAGCAGAGACUAAGCUUCUUCACACCCUCCAUUGGAUGCUACUGGAGGCUCCUCAAGAAUGCAGCAAUGACCGGUUUGGAGGAGAGAGAGGCUCCAGCUGGGGAGGGAGCAGUAGCGCCUUUAUUCAUCAGGUUGAAAACCAGGGCUCUCCAGGACACCCUUGGCGUGGCAGCACUAAUGAAGAGGAAGAGAAUAACCGAAGGAAGUUCUUUCAGAAUUCCAUGGCAACAGUGGAGCUCUUUGUGUUCCUGUUUGCUCCUCUGGUCCACAGGAUUAAAGAGUCUGACCUGACUUUUCGGCUGGCCAGUGGCCUUGUUAUUUGGCAGCCCAUGUGGGAGCACAGGCAGCCUGAGGUUUCUGCCUUCACCGCUCUGGUAAAGCCAAUCAGGAACAUUAUUACAGCCAAGAGAAGUUCUCCUACUAGUAACCAGAGCCUGGCUUGUGAAUCCCCUAAUCUGGACACUGGACACACAGAGGGACUUCAGGUGGUGUGUGAAACAGCCCAGCCAGAUGCUGUGCCUCCCAGGGCCACUGUUUCAGGCUGUCAUCGGGGAAACUCCUUUGAUGGAAGUGUGUCGUCCCAAACAUCCCAAGACAGAGGACCUCCACUUUCCAGGGUAUCAUUAGUGAUUCCGCCUUGCCAAAAGUCUCGCUAUGCCACCUAUUUUGAUGUGGCAGUACUGCGCUGCCUGCUGCAGGCACACUGGUCUGAGGAGGGUACACAGUGGUCUCUGAUGUAUUAUCUACAAAGACUGAGACAUAUGCUGGAGGAGAAGCCGGAGAAGCCCCCUGAGCCGGAGACCAUGCACCUGCCCAGGCCCCGUAGCAGUUCCAUGGUAGCAGCAGCACCUUCUCUGGUGAACACCCACAAAACUCAGGAUCUCACAAUGAAGUGCAAUGAGGAGGAAAAAUCACUAAGCACUGAGGCCUUUGCUAAGGUGUCACUCACCAACCUGCGCAGGCUAGCUGUGCCAGAUCUCUCCACAGACAUGGGAAUGAACAUCUUUAAGAAGUUUAAGAGCCGCAAAGAGGAUCGAGAACGUGAGCGCAAGGGUUCUAUUCCUUUCCACCACACUGGGAAAAAACGGCAGCGAAGGAUGGGGGUGCCCUUUCUGCUCCACGAGGAUCAUUUGGAUGUGUCACCCACUCGCAGCACAUUCUCCUUUGGCAGCUUUUCUGGGAUCGGAGAGGACCGGCGCAGCAUUGAGAGAGGAGGAUGGCAAACUGCCAUACUAGGGAAGUUCACCAGACGGGGGAGUUCUGACACAGCUACGGAGAUGGAGAGCCUGAGUGCUAGACAUUCUCACUCUCAUCACACCCUGGUCGCUGACUUGCCUGACCACUCAAACAGCCACGGAGAGAAUACCGUUAAAGAAGUGCGAUCCCAGAUUUCUACCAUCACUGUGGCCACCUUCAACACCACCCUGGCCUCAUUCAACGUGGGCUACGCGGACUUCUUCAGCGAGCACAUGCGGAAGCUGUGCAACCAGGUGCCCAUUCCAGAGAUGCCCCAUGAGCCGCUGGCCUGCGCCAAUCUCCCACGGAGUUUGACUGACUCCUGCAUCAAUUACAGCUGCCUAGAGGACACGGAUCACAUUGACGGCACCAACAACUUUGUCCACAAGAAUGGCAUGCUGGAUCUUUCGGUGGUUCUGAAGGCCGUUUACUUGGUUCUGAACCACGACAUCAGCUCCCGGAUCUGUGAUGUGGCGUUGAACAUCGUCGAGUGCCUGCUGCAGCUUGGCGUGGUGCCCUGCGUGGAGAAAGUCAGAAGGAAGAGUGAGAACAAGGAAAAUGAGGCCGCGGAAAAGAGACCAAGUGAGGGAUCCUUCCAGCUCAAGGGAGCUGCUUCGGGCAGCCCAGGCUGUGGAUUCGGGGCCCCCCCAGUCAGUGGAACUGGAGAUGGGGGAGGAGAAGAAGGUGGAGGUGGAGGAAGUAGUGGAGGAGGAGGUGGCGGCGGAGCUGAUGGAGGUGGUGGAGGAGGAGGUGGAGGGCCUUAUGAAAAGAAUGAUAAAAAUCAAGAAAAGGAUGAAAGCACUCCCAUAAGCACCCACAGGCUGGCAUUGACGAUGCUGAUCAAAAUAGUGAAAUCCCUGGGCUGUGCUUAUGGCUGCGGAGAAGGACACCGAGGGCUCUCUGGAGAUCGUCUGAGACACCAGGUAUUCCGGGAGAAUGCUCAGAAUUGCCUUACAAAGCUGUACAAGCUGGAUAAAAUGCAGUUCCGGCAGACCAUGAGGGACUAUGUGAACAGAGAUUCCCUCAAUAAUGUAGUGGAUUUCCUUCACGCUUUGCUAGGAUUCUGCAUGGAGCCGGUCACUGACAACAAGGCUGGGUUUGGAAAUAACUUCACCACAGUGGACAACAAGUCUACAGCCCAAAGUGUGGAAGGUAUUAUUGUCAGCGCCAUGUUCAAGUCACUGAUCACUCGCUGUGCUUCCACUACGCAUGAACUGCAUAGCUCUGAAAACCUGGGAUUGUACUGUGACAUCCGGCAAUUGGUCCAAUUUAUCAAGGAGGCUCAUGGGAAUGUUUUUAGAAGGGUGGCACUGAGCGCCCUUUUGGACAGUGCUGAAAAGUUAAUUCCGGGGAAGAAAACAGAUGAAACAACGGAGCAGGAUCUGAAACCUCCGGGGAGCAAAAAAUCUGAGGUGGGAAGUGUUGUUAUUGAUAAAGGCCAGGCAUCAUCUGCCCCUGAUGAAUGUCGUAGUUACAUCUCCAGCCGUCCUCAGCAGACCCCAGAGCAUGAUGAGCAAAUGCAAGGGGCAGUUCUGGGACGCAAAGACUUCUGGCGAAAGAUGUUCAAGUCGCAAAGUGCAGCAAGUGAUACCAGCAGCCAGUCAGAGCAGGACACAUCAGAGUGCACCACUGCUCUCUCUGGAACGACCACCGACAGGCGCUCCCGCUCCCGCUCCCGACGGAUCUCACUCCGAAAGAAACUCAAACUCCCCAUAGGUAAAUGGAACUGGCUGAAACGCUCUUCCCUCUCUGGGCUGGCUGACGGGGUGGAAGACCUCCUGGAUAUCAGCUCUGUAGACCGUCUGUCUUUCAUCAGACAAAGUUCCAAGGUGAAAUUCACUAGUGCGGUGAAGCUGUCAGAAGGUGGACCAGGAGGUGGCCUGGAGAAUGGGCGAGAUGAAGAGGAGAAUUUCUUCAAGCGUCUUGGUAAAUGGCGCAUCUGCCGAAGAUACCCAUCCAAGCUUCAUCACACAGAAGAAAAAGAUGGUUGCCACAGUUUUGAUGAUCACUUGGCCUCCAACCAGGAAGGUGGAAAAUCCAAGAAUGUAGUGAACCUGGGAGCAAUCAGACAAGGCAUGAAACGCUUUCAGUUUCUCUUAAACUGCUGUGAGCCAGGCACUAUCCCCGAUGCCUCCAUCCUGGCAGCUGCCCUCGAUCUUGAAGCUCCCGUAGUGGCAAGAGCAGCCCUGUUUCUCGAAUGUGCUCGCUUCGUUCACCGCUGCAAUCGCGGCAACUGGCCAGAGUGGAUGAAGGGGCACCAUGUGAACAUCACUAAGAAAGGCCUGUCCCGUGGACGUUCUCCAAUAGUGGGGAACAAACGGAACCAGAAGCUGCAGUGGAACGCAGCCAAACUCUUCUACCAGUGGGGAGAUGCAAUUGGCAUCCGACUCAACGAGCUGUGCCACAGUGAGAGUGAGAGCCCGGCCAACCUGCUGGGCCUCAUUUAUGAUGAGGAGGCCAAGCGGAGACUGAGAAAGGAGGAUGAGGAGGAAGACUUUUUAGAUGACAGUAAGGAGACUCCCUUUACUACAAGAACCCCCGCUUGCACUGUGAACCCUACUAAAUGUGGUUGUCCUUUUGCCCUGAAGAUGGCAGCAUGCCAGCUUCUCUUGGAGAUCACCACCUUUCUUCGAGAGACCUUUCCCUACAUGCCCAGACCACGUACUGAGCCUCUCCUGGACCUGGAGAGCUGCAGGUUGCGUCUGGACCCUGAGCUGGACAGGCACAGGUAUGAGAGGAAGAUCAGCUUUGCUGGGAUUCUGGAUGAAAAUGAAGAUUCAAAAGACUCCCUGCACAGCAGCAGCCACACGCUCAAAUCUGACACUGGCUGCGAAGAGAAGAAAGUUCCCAGCAGGAAGAUCAGGAUAGGAGGCUCCCGCUUGCUCCAGAUUAAAGGAACCCGCAGUUUCCGGGUGAAGAAGGGGGGUUCCCUGUCCAGCAUUCGCCGGGCCGGCAGCCUAAAGAGCACCAAGUUAUCACGGCAGGACUCAGAGUCUGAGAAUGAGGAGCUGCAGCUGUCCCACAGCAGGGACACUGUCACUGACAUAGAAGGGAGCCCUUGGAGUGCAAGUGAGCCCAGCAUUGAGCCUGAAGUGCUGAGUAACACAGGCACGGAGGAGAAUUACCAUCGGAACAUGUCGUGGCUGCAUGUCAUGAUCCUGCUGUGCAACCAGCAGAGUUUCAUAUGUACCCACAUUGAUUACUGCCACCCGCACUGCUACCUCCACCACAGCCGUUCCUGUGCUCGCCUGGUCCGAGCCAUCAAACUGCUGUAUGGUGACACUGUGGACUCGCUCCGAGAAAACAAUGUGCUGAACAAUGUGGCAAGAGGCAAAAAGCAGAAGGAGUGCUUGGACAAAUCAUGCCUGAGAACUCCGUCUCUGAAGAAGAGAGUAAUGGAUAUCAACUUGGAAGGAAAAAAGGACUCUGGAAUGUUGAAAUACAUCAGACAGCAGGUAAUGAGCCUGUCCCCAGCACCUUUGUCACUGUUAAUCAAGGCAGCUCCUAUUCUAACAGAGGAGAUGUAUGGGGACAUUCAGCCCGCAGCAUGGGAGCUGCUGCUCAGCGUGGAUGAGCACAUGGCUGGAGCAGCAGCUGCCAUGUUCCUGUUGUGUGCUGUGAAAGUGCCUGAGGCUGUUUCUGAUAUGCUGAUGUCCGAAUUUCAUCACCCUGAAACAGUGCAAAGACUGAAUGCUGUUCUCAAAUUCCAUACCCUCUGGAGAUUUCGGUAUCAAGUCUGGCCUCGAAUGGAGGAGGGCGCUCAACAGAUCUUUAAGAUUCCUCCUCCAAGUAUAAACUUCACCCUGCCCUCUCCAGUACUGGGAAUGCCCUCUGUGCCAAUGUUUGACCCCCCGUGGGUUCCACAGUGCAGUGGGAGUGUGCAGGACCCAAUUAAUGAGGACCAGUCUAAGUCGUUUUCAGCCCGGGCAGUGUCACGUUCUCAUCAGCGAGCAGAGCACAUCCUGAAGAACCUGCAGCAGGAGGAAGAAAAGAAGCGCCUAGGCCGGGAAGCCAGUCUUAUCACUGCCAUUCCCAUCACCCAGGAGGCCUGCUAUGAGCCCACCUGCACGCCAAACUCAGAGCAAGAAGAGGAAGUAGAAGAAGUCACCAACCUGGCAUCCCGCCGUCUCUCUGUGAGUCCCUCCUGCACCUCCAGUACUUCUCACAGGAACUAUUCCUUCCGUCGUGGCUCUGUCUGGUCAGUGCGUUCAGCCGUCAGUGCAGAAGAUGAGGAACACACUACAGAGCACACUCCAAACCAUCAUGUGCCACAGCCCCCACAGGCAGUGUUCCCAGCAUGCAUCUGUGCAGCUGUGCUCCCCAUUGUUCACUUGAUGGAAGAUGGAGAAGUCCGAGAGGAUGGAGUAGCAGUGAGUGCCGUGGCCCAGCAGGUCUUAUGGAACUGCUUGAUUGAAGAUCCCUCUACAGUUCUACGGCAUUUCCUGGAGAAACUCACAAUAAGCAACCGACAAGAUGAGUUGAUGUACAUGCUGAGGAAGCUCCUACUGAACAUCGGAGACUUCCCUGCCCAGACGUCUCACAUCCUGUUUAACUACUUGGUGGGAUUGAUCAUGUACUUUGUGCGUACUCCAUGUGAAUGGGGCAUGGACGCCAUUUCAGCUACACUGACCUUCCUGUGGGAAGUGGUGGGUUAUGUAGAGGGCCUUUUCUUCAAGGAUCUCAAACAGACUAUGAAGAAGGAGCAGUGUGAAGUAAAACUGCUGGUGACUGCCUCAAUGCCAGGCACAAAGACCCUGGUAGUGCAUGGACAGAACGAGUGUGACAUCCCAACCCAGUUACCAGUGCAUGAGGACACACAAUUUGAAGCUCUUCUGAAGGAGUGCUUGGAGUUUUUUAACAUACCUGAAACCCAGUCUGCUCAUUAUUUUUUAAUGGAUAAACGAUGGAACCUUAUUCAUUACAACAAGACUUAUGUCCGGGAUAUUUAUCCUUUCCGGAGGUCAGUGUCUCCACAGCUCAAUCUGGUACACAUGCAUCCAGAAAAGGGUCAGGAGCUCAUUCAGAAACAGGUAUUCACCCGCAAGCUGGAGGAGGUAGGACGGGUGCUGUUCCUCAUAUCACUGACCCAGAAAAUCCCUGUGGCCCACAAGCAAUCCCAUGUGUCUAUGCUCCAAGAGGACCUUCUCCGCCUGCCUUCCUUCCCUCGGAGUGCCAUUGAUGCAGAAUUCUCCCUCUUCAGUGAUCCUCGAGCUGGGAAGGAACUCUUUGGCCUUGAUACUCUUCAAAAAAGCCUGUGGAUUAAGCUCCUGGAGGAGAUGUUCCUCGGCAUGCCCAGUGAAUUUCCUUGGGGGGAUGAGAUCAUGCUGUUCCUAAAUGUCUUCAAUGGAGCCCUGAUCCUGCACCCAGAGGACAGUGCCUUGCUGAGGCAGUACGCUGCCACUGUCAUCAAUACCGCUGUGCACUUCAACCAUCUCUUCUCUCUCAGUGGGUACCAGUGGAUCCUCCCCACCAUGCUGCAGGUGUAUGCUGACUACGAAAGCAACCCACAGUUACGCCAAGCGAUUGAGUUUGCCUGCCGCCAGUUCUACAUUCUGCAUCGCAAGCCCUUUGUUCUGCAACUGUUUGCCAGUGUGGCUCCUCUGCUCGAGUUCCCUGAUGCUACAAACAAUGGACCCAGCAAGGGAGUGUCAGCUCAGUGCCUGUUUGACCUGCUGCAGUCCCUAGAGGGAGAUACACCUGACAUUUUGGACAUCUUAGAGCUGGUGAAAGCUGAAAAGCCUCUCAAAUCAUUAGAUUUCUGCUAUGGGAAUGAGGAUCUGACCUUUUCUAUCAGUGAAGCCAUCAAACUGUGUGUAACUGUGGUGGCAUAUGCUCCUGAAUCAUUUAGAAGCCUCCAGAUGCUGAUGGUCCUGGAAGCACUGGUUCCCUGUUACCUGCAGAAACUGAAGAGGCAGACCUCACAAGUGGAGACGGUGCCAGCUGCUCGUGAGGAGAUUGCUGCUACGGCUGCUCUUGCCACUUCCCUGCAGGCCCUCUUGUACAGCGUGGAAGUUCUCACUAGGCCCAUGACUGCCCCUCAAAUGAGCAGGUGUGACCAAGGCCAUAAAGGAGCCACAACAGCCAACCACACCAUGUCAGCUGGGGUGAAUACUAGGUACCCGGAUCAAGGAGCCAAACUACACUUUAUCAGGGAAAACCUUCACUUGCUGGAGGAAGGCCAGGGUCUCCCCCGGGAGGAGCUGGACGAGCGAAUUGCUAGGGAGGAAUUCAGGAGGCCCAGGGAGUCCCUACUGAAUAUCUGCACUGAGUUCUAUAAGCACUGUGGCCCUAGGCUGAAGAUAUUGCAGAACCUGGCUGGAGAGCCCAGGGUAACUUCCCUGGAGCUGCUGGAUGUUAAGUCUCACAUGAGGUUGGCAGAAAUUGCACAUUCCCUUCUGAAGCUGGCACCUUAUGACACCCAGACGAUGGAAAGCCGCGGGCUCCGGCGCUACAUCAUGGAGAUGCUGCCCAUCACCGACUGGACAGCCGAGGCCGUGAGACCUGCCCUUAUCCUCAUCUUAAAGCGAUUGGAUCGUAUGUUCAAUAAAAUUCACAAGAUGCCUACUUUGAGGCGACAGGUUGAGUGGGAGCCUGCCAGCAAUUUGAUUGAAGGGGUUUGUUUGACACUUCAGAGGCAGCCAAUCAUAUCCUUCCUGCCUCACCUUAGGUCACUGAUCAAUGUCUGUGUCAAUCUGGUGAUGGGAGUAGUAGGACCUUCCAGUGUUGCUGAUGGAUUACCCCUUCUUCAUCUCAGCCCUUAUCUCUCGCCACCUCUGCCCUUCAGCACAGCUGUUGUCCGGCUUGUAGCAUUGCAGAUACAGGCUUUGAAAGAAGAUUUUCCCUUAAGCCAUGUGAUCUCCCCAUUCACCAAUCAGGAGAGAAGAGAAGGAAUGCUUUUAAACCUACUGAUUCCAUUUGUGCUCACAGUAGGAUCUGGAAGCAAAGACAGUCCCUGGCUGGAGCAGCCUGAAGUCCUUCUGCUGCUCCAGACUGUUAUCAACAUCCUCCUGCCGCCUCGGAUCAUCAGCACUUCCCGCAGCAAGAACUUCAUGAUGGAGAGCUCCCCUGCACAUUGCUCCACCCCAGGGGAGGCUGGGAAGGACCUGCGCAGGGAAGGGCUCGCAGAGUCCACCAGCCAAGCGGCUUACUUGGCCCUGAAGGUGAUCCUUGUGUGCUUUGAGCGCCAGCUUGGCAGCCAGUGGUAUUGGCUGAGCCUGCAAGUCAAAGAAAUGGCCCUGCGCAAGGUGGGAGGGCUGGCCCUCUGGGACUUCCUGGAUUUUAUUGUUCGCACCCGGAUCCCUAUCUUCGUGCUUCUGCGGCCCUUCAUUCAGUGCAAGCUGCUGGCCCAACCUGCAGAGAAUCACGAGGAGAUGACUGCCCGGCAACAUAUCGCUGACCAGCUAGAGAGGCGCUUCAUACCACGCCCUCUGUGCAAGAGCUCCCUCAUCACGGAAUUCAACAGCGAGCUCAAAAUCCUGAAGGAGGCAGUGCACAGUGGGUCAGCCUACCAAGGGAAGACCUCCAUCAGCACCGUGGGCACUUCCACCUCCGCGUACCGCCUCAGCCUCGCUACCAUGUCCCGCUCCAACACGGGCACCGGCACUGUCUGGGAGCAGGACAGCGAGCCUUCCCAUCAGGCUUCGCAGGACACUCUGAGCCGCACCGAUGAGGAGGAUGAAGAAAAUGACUCAGUGAGCAUGCCCAGUGUGGUAAGUGAACAGGAAACCUACCUUAUGGGUGCCAUUGGGAGGCGGCGGUUCUCCAGCCAUAUCUCCAGCAUGUCUGCACCUCAGGCUGAGGUGGGCAUGUUACCCAGCCAAAGGGUAACAAGUGUGCAGAGCGAACCUGGACAACAGAAUCUUCUUCUUCAGCAACCACUAGGAAGGAAGAGAGGCCUCCGGCAGCUACGAAGACCUCUUCUUUCACGUCAGAAGACCCAAACUGAAUCUCGUAGCCAUCACGGGGCUCGACUUUCAACUACUCGUCGAAGUAUACAGCCAAAAACAAAACCAAGUGUGGAUCAAAAGCGAUCAGUGACUUUCACUGAAACUCAGCCAGAGGCAACAACAUCUUCAACAACAGAUGCUACACCCAUCCCAGCCCUGCAACCUAGCUGCAGCAGGAGCAGCCCUGCAGAAGUCAGCAAGCCAGAAGCUGUGAAUAAACUUGUGCUGACCACCUCACCUGCCAUUGUUGUUGCUGAUCUCCAUAGCCAAACCACCAGCCAGAGUGAGGCGCUUCCCACUGAGAAAGAAAAAGAAACAGAGGAGGAUUUGGAGCCCCGGCCAGCACAAGUACAUAGCACCCCACCCACACAGCUCUCUGAUACAGAGGACUUUGCAGGCCUUGAGACAACCAGCUUACUGCAACAUGGAGACACUGUCCUUCACAUCAGCGAGGACAAUGGGAUGGAGAAUCCCCUCCUUACCAGCCACUUCAGCUUCACGCAUGUUGAGCUUGGUGAGACUGAUGUUGACUUAGAUGAGUCCCAUGUUUAAAUGUCAGGGAACUGCAUUAGCAUGGGAGGAGAGAGAAUGUAGAGUCUUGGUAGAGAAACUGUACCUUCUCCAUAGAGUUUUUUGAUAACUAUUGAUGAACUAAUCAAAAAGAGCACUUUAUAUCCAACAAGGGAAAAUAUCUAACAACCUAUUUGCUACAGAUUGGCAAAUAUGUUUUAGAAAAUAAGCUAAGCCUUUUUGGCAAAUCUAAUUUGGUUCAGGGCAGACUGCAAAGACCAGGAGAGAAUUCUAAAAAAUUCUGCGGCCACAUCUCUGUUUCCCAAAAUCUUGAUCUGCCAGAAAUCUACUGCAGUCUGCAGCUUCUCCAGUAACAUGCAUUAGUUUAAUAUAGUAGACUGAAAAAAACCCAACCUUUUUGAAGUUAGCCACUUUAACACUGCCCCCCAAAAGUUUAUUUUUGUAAUUUCAGAAGGGUUAUAUAGUAUCUGAAUCAAAGACUCGCAUGACUGAAUAUUGACAGUCAAAAUGCUGACCAGGGAUAUUGAACUAAAGAUUGUUUUAAAUAAACAGGACUGUGACUGUGUUUUCUAAUCCUCAUAGCAAUGGCACAUACCACUGAAUGAUUAGAAAGAUAUUUUUUAGCACUGCAGGCUUUAGCAGUGUUUACUUUUGUCUGCUGGUUUCAUUGCACUCUGUAAGAUAGUACCUUAGUGCUAGAAAAAUAGUGAUUCUGUAUAAAACUAAAUAUACUACAUACUACAGGAAAGAAUGCACAUGCUGUGCUCAAAGAUAGAUGGGCAGGGGGUGAGUGGUCUGUAGAUGACAUAAAUGGUACUAUCUGUUCUGCUUAAAUAUAUUAAGCAAUUUAUGUACACAGCUAGAAUGUGUGGACUUUCUAGUACAGGGCAACAACUUAAUUGAUGCAAAUAUCUACUCUGUGUGCACUUGGAAAUGUAUAUUUUAAGUAAACAUAUAUAAUCCAUAUUUUCACAUUCCUAUAAACUAGGAAUGGAUAUUGCAGAGAAUAGACCUGAUGAAAGAAUAUAUUUUCUGCACACUGAGAUUGUAUUUAAAAAGGUGCCAUUCUAUGUGUGUUAUAUGAAUAUGCACUAAUUAUGACUCUGCAUGUGUAGAUAUAAAUGCAUAAUAUUUAUAUGUAUAUCGUGUCCCUUUUGGGAAUUGACUGAAGUCGUGGUUGAGUUACGAUCUGUGCUUCAGAAUCAUGGGAUUAAAUUGAAACCGGACUUUAGUCACUGACAUAUGGGAAAGCUGCAGAAUAGCUGUGAGGCAUACUGUGAAGUUGCAAGCAAUGCCCAUAUUUACGUGUCUGUUUGUGUGUUCACAUAAUACAUUUUCAGUUCGUCACCUUGGUAGAAUGAGAUAUUAGACCUUAUAAUUGUGGCAUUAUUAUGCAUAGAAAAGUUAUUUUUGAUCACUUUUAGAGCUUUCUAAAAUGUAUUACUUACCAUCUUCUUGACCUUUCAAUCUGGACUCAUGGUAUUAAGACAACAUGAUUUUAGAGUUAAAAUGAUAUGACCAAAAACAAAACAAAACUCCCACUAAGCAAACACCACCACCCAACACCACCACUAUAUAUUUUUAAAUAGCUAUUUUUUUCUAAAAUCAUUUUUCUGUGAAACACUCAUACACAGCCUAUAUGCUGGCCUGGUGCAGUAUUACAGAAGUUUUAUUGGCAUUAAUUUAGGAUCAACUCCAGAACUGACUGGUGGCUUUGGUAAUUUCAACCAAUCAAACCUUUAUACCUCACCAUCAUGUAGCCUCUACUAUACAUAUGAGUCAAUAGGAGCCCUGUGUGUACAUCAGAGCACAGAAUUGGGUCCUAUAUAUUAUUCACACACACACACACACACACCCCUAGCAACAAUAAAAUGUAUUCUUUUCUCAAGUUUGUCUAUCUAGGCCCCAGUCCAGAGGUGUUGAGGACCCUCUACUACUGUUGUGUUCAUUGAGAGUUAAAGGCACUUUGCAACUCAUAGGAAGUGCUAGUCACCUUGUAGGAUUAAGCCCUUGCUCUAUAGUGGGCAAUCUUAAAGUGGUUUGUGGUUAAAAAAAAAAAAAAAAAAAAAAAAAAAGCGUCUAUGUAAAAAUGGCAGCUUGCUCAGCACAGAUCAUGGGUAUUCUGAAUGAUAGUUGCUUAUAUCGCUGACUUAAAUAUAUCUGACUACUUCUUACGUCUCUCAGAACUACAGAGCCUGUACCACCCAUCUGUAGGAGACUGCACUGGACUCUUUCCUAGUGUUGGCAUCAUCAAAAGAAUUAUUAAUUACCUCCCGCAUGAGGAAUUGCUAUUAUUAACGAUGACAUACAAAUCAGAAGGAACACUGCUUCACUUUCAGAUCCCAGUUUGGGUUAACUGGCAGUUGGAGGGGAAACUAUUUUACUCAUAAACAAAGUAAAUUUGAUAUAGAAAUGACUGAGAGACAAUAAACAUGAAACCCCAUGAUGAAUUUUGUAGUCACUUUUUCACUGAUCAUAUACUUUGAAAGGAGGCAUUUACAUUAAUGUGAGAUAGAUGCCUGCCAUGAUAUUCUAAUCUAAUUAUAGAAAAAUAACUGAUUUACUACAUUAAAUUCAGUACUGGUGAUAAAUGUUUCCAUUAAGGUUGCCCACUGUUACAAGCUGAAUCCAUCUUAGCAAGGACUAAAAAUGCCUUUUUGAAGUCCACCCUCCAACCAAUCAAGUGCAGUGUAUAAAUGAAGAUUACAUUAUUCAGGUGGCCCAGGAGAGGGCUAUAAUUUCAUUAGGUAGUUAAGACAGGCUGAUCAGUCUGUGUACUUGUAAAUUUUACUUUCAUAUAGGUUGCACUUAAUAUUGUACUAAUAAGGUGCAUAAACAUGUAAUUUAGCAGAGUUUGUGCAUUUUUCCAGUAUCUCUAUAAAGUGACUGGUAUAUUUAUGCUGUGAAGGAAAAUUAUGCUGCUUAAUUAGUGUUAGAGGCCUUAAGUGCAUGUCAGAUGUCUGGCCCUUACAAAUGUCUGUCAGUGUUUGGUUCUGUUGUGUUGCCUCAAAGUUUUAAACUAAUUU